CCCUCGUCGGAUGCUGACAACUCUGUCUCGAAAAGUACACCCUCCCCAAAGCAACGCGCUCGCACGUUCUGGAUGAAGGUGCUACGCGAUCGUUUCUUUCGCGUGCUCAACCCCAGCACCCCCGGCUAGCAGGCCAUGGAGGAAUAUCUCUCCCCAGCGCUUCGCCAGCAUCCGCUGCCCGACUCGGAGAGAAAGCGCCUGCGGGAGUUGUCCAGGUAUAGAUACUAUUGUACAGUCCGCGAACCAUCAACCUUUGCCGAAGAUUCACUUUCGACCCCCGUGGAGGAAAAGGAGGCUGGAAUCGCCUAUCUCUCGUCGGACAUCACUCUCACUGCCCUCACCCAACUCGGCGUCUAUCGCUUCGGAUGCAAUCGCUCCUUUGUCUCACUCAUUGAUGGCGAAAACCAACACAUCAUCUCCGAGGCGACCGCCUCCAUCUCCCUGCGGGACAGGGAACGACACCGCGAGCUCGACGGCCUCUACCUCGGCGUUACCACCCUCGAUUUGAUCUUUGGAGUCUGUCCGCAUGCGGUGAAGUUGUUCUCGGGACAGGAGGUGCCACAUUUGAAGAAUACGGAUAAUGUGACGGCGAACAGUACGCGAUACAUUGUGCGCGACUUUACACGCGAGGAAUACUUCAAGGAGCGCCCAUACGUGACGGAAUGGCCGCACUUCAGGUUCUACGCCGAAGUCCCCAUCUACAGUCCGUCUGGCCAUAUCUUGGGGAGCUACUGUGUGGUCGACAAUAAACCCCGAAUGGAGUUCAGCGAGGAGGACGUGGUGGCCCUUCAGGAGAUUUCCGAUUCCAUCGCCCGCCAUCUCGACAACGUGCGAACUGUCCACUAUCACCGACGGUCGGAACGCCUGGUCCAGGGAUUGACGACGUUUGUCAAGCAACGUCCGGAUAGCUGGGACGAGCCGCUACCUCCUAUCCCCAGCGGCGAAGCUCUGUCGUCCAGCAACAUGAUGACACGCGACCGCUCCGAGGUUUCGCCACCGGACCUUGGCCGCCUUGGCCAACUGUCUCUGAGUACCGAAGGAAGCUCACCGCUGUUCUCUAAAGAGGAAUCUGGUGAUCUAACCGAUGCGACUUCCCUCUCGGUCGGCUUGCAGGAUGCCUCUUCACCCAAGCACAUCACAGAUACUGUUGUCAAUUCCUAUUCACCAGAAAACUCUCUUUUCGAUGGGUCGCAGGGAAGUAGCUCGCCGGGCCUGCCAGGCAAGGACACCGUUCCCCUAUCGGCUCGCAUCUCGUCCUUGUUCUCGCAGGCGAGCACCUUAUUACGGGACUCCAUAGCCGUGGACGGGGUUCUGUUUGUCGAUGCCUGUCACUGUAAUUCUGGAAUUGCGCCUUCAAAGACGGAUUUGACCGACUGGGAGCCUCUUCCCAAGAAUGCGGAUCCCCGGCCUCGAAGCAAUUCCCCCUGCUGUCUAUCGGGCGCCCAGCGAGAAGAGACGCUCUGCGAGACCUUUGGUCUGGCCCUGGACAAUUACCAGCCUGGAUGCGGCCACAACAAGACCCAUGCUGUUCCGAGCUCGCUUCUGCAACACCUGAUUGCGGCGCUUCCCCAAGGUGGAGUAUUGCACCUGGACGAGGGGUUUGAAAGAGUCGACCCGGACGCUUUAGCCUCGACCCCACUGCAGUCUAUCGAAGCACCUUUCGGGAUCAGCCAGACAUCCCAGCCGUGUAAUCGAAGCAAUCCUCAAAUCCUCGCAGCUCGUCUUGCGCAAUGCUUCCCGCAAGCCAAGUCGCUGCUCUUCAUCCCCCUGUGGGACUGGGACAAGGGACAAUGGCUGGCAGGGACAUUUGUCUGGACGAAAGCGGCCGACAAUGAGCGGUCGUUAGGUCUGGACGAGCUGAACUACUUUAAAGUGUUCGGUGACUCGAUCAUCUCGGAAAUCGCGCGCCUGAGCUGGUCUCAGAAGGAGAAGUCCAAGUUUGAUCUCAUCUCUUCUAUCAGCCACGAGCUCCGUUCCCCUUUACAUGGCAUGCUGGCUAAUACCGAGUUGCUGUCCACCUCGGCUCUCCAGCCUGAGCAGCGAGACAUCGUCAAGGCAUUGGAGACGUCUGGACUCACUCUGCUCGAUACGAUGAACCAUCUGCUCGACUUUGCCAAGAUUAACAAUCUCACUGUCAUGAACAAGGGUGGCUCUUCUGUCACGAGCUUGACCAGUACGUUCCAGUUGGAUGUCCUGGUGGAAGACGUGGUCAACAGCGUGUUUACUGGCAUGAGACACGCCGCUGCCGCCUCAACGCCGGCCGAAAGCCCCGUCUCUGAAUCCACACACGACACGUACAAGUCGAAUCUGUCGGUCGUCCUACGAAUCGAGGACCAGAAUCAGUGGAAGGUGAAAUCCAUGACGGGUGCUUGGCGACGAAUCGUCAUGAAUAUCUUGGGCAAUGCCUUGAAAUAUACCCAGGAGGGCUUCAUCGAGGCCUCAUUGUCCAUGGUCAAAUCAAGCGCUGAUAGACCGUCGGACGUUGCCCACUUCUGUGUGACUGACACCGGACGAGGAAUGUCGCAGGAGUUUUUGAGGAACAAGUUAUUCUCGCCCUUCGCUCAAGAAGACUCCCUGUCCGAAGGUGCUGGUCUCGGACUGAGCAUCGUGAAACAGCUCGUCUCGUUCCUUGGCGGAUCUAUAGACGUCAAGAGCGAGAGGGGAGUUGGGACGCAGGUUGACAUUUACAUCCCCGUCAAGUUGCUGCCUGCGAAACGGGGUUCUGCCGUCAGGGAGGAGACGAAAUCUCUGGCUAAAAACAGCAAAUUCUCGCUUAUCGGACUGGGCGCGUACCCUGAGCUGUCUGAAGAGCCAACGGGCACCCUGAGUCCUAAGGCCAAGCGGAAGAUCUGUCUGCAAAGCUUCUUCACGGAUAUUCUUGCGAACCAGCCUUCUUGGAGUGUCGCGGUCGUAGAGUCAAUUGAAAACGCACAUGGUGAUAUCGCAGUCGUCGAAGAAAAGGUGCUGAAGCAAAUCACCAAAGACCAGACGCUGCAAAAGCUUGCAGAAUCCAAAUUCACCCAUAUCAUCUGUCUCUGUGACGGAUUACCCUCUCUCGCCCUCGACAAACGCGUUGGAAGAGCACCGGUCGUCUAUUUAUCCCAACCGUGAGUGGCCCUCGAGUCCCAUAGUGACUUCUCCUAAUUUCUCCAGUUUCUCGCCGCAAAAAGUACUACAGAUCCUCAGCAUUCUCCCGGAACCCGAACCCUAUUCCCAGCCGACUGAACUCCUUACCCCGCUGGCUGCUGCGGUUGAACGCUCUAUUCCCACAAAGCCGCAGCUGAAGAUAUCGCCUACGAGCGCAGUGACCCCGUUGAGCGAUGGGGACUUAACACCCAGCGACACGUCGCAAGUUCUCAUCGUCGAUGAUAAUGAGAUAAACAUCAAGAUUCUGGCCAAAUUGAUGUCUCGACUUGGCUACCAGCAUGAAGCCGCGAUCAACGGGCUCGUCGCCCUGAACAAAUUCAAAGAAUCCCCGGCGGCUUUUAAGGUGAUUUUAAUGGAUGUCUCAAUGCCCGUUAUGGACGGUAUAGACGCCACACGGCAUAUCCGGGCGUUUGAACGAGAGCAAUCCUUGACGCCUGUUAAGAUCUACGCAGUCACGGGAAUCGCCUCGGAGUCCAUGCAGAAGGACGCAUUGCUGGCAGGGGUCGACGAAUACCUCGUCAAGCCUCUUUCCUUGCAGAAGGUUAGCACGAUCAUCAAACCUCACUUAUCAGAGAAAGGGUGGAAUCUCAGAAACGUAUGAUGAAAAGAUGUUGCACGAUACGAUAUCAUGACAUGGUUUUUGAUACCCGGAUUAUAGGUCGUUGUAUAUAGAUCACAUAGAUAAAUUUCGAAUAGAUUCAUUCCUGGACCCUGUA